CCUCUUGUGUGCUAUAUAGAAUAGCUUUUUGGACAUAUGGUAGCAAGCUAUGGAGUUAGAGGAAUAUAGUGGAGCUGGUUCUGUAAAAUCUUCAGAUAUAAGUGGUGAUAGUGGUGGCGGAAGAAGAGAUGGUGAAGGUGGCAAUAAUGGCUUGAUGUAUUUGGUGUGGGAAGAUGUGAGUGUUAUGCUUCCAAACUUUGGGAUUGGAAAUAGCACUAACGGAGGACACACCAGAAGAUUGCUUGAUGGCCUCACUGGUUUUGCUGAGCCUGGUAGGAUCAUGGCUAUUAUGGGUCCUUCUGGCUCUGGAAAAUCAACCCUUCUUGAUGCUUUAGCAGGUAGACUGUCACGAAAUGUUGUCAUGACUGGAAAUGUUCUUCUUAAUGGGAAGAAGACGAGACUUGACUAUGGUGUUGCUGCUUAUGUGACCCAAGAAAAUGUGCUGUUGGGAACCCUAACAGUACGAGAAACCAUAACUUACUCGGCUCAUCUGAGGCUCCCAACUAGUCUGACCAAACAAGAGGUCAAUGACAUUGUUGAUGCCACAAUCACCGAUAUGGGUCUGCAAGACUGUGCUCACAGGCUUAUCGGAAACUGGCAUUUGAGGGGCAUAAGUGGAGGAGAGAAGAAGAGGCUGAGCAUUGCACUCGAAAUACUCACAAAGCCAAGGUUGUUGUUUCUCGAUGAGCCUACCAGUGGCCUCGACAGUGCUGCAGCUUUCUUCAUAGUUCAAACCCUCAGAUAUAUUGCUAAAGAUGGCAGAACUGUCAUUUCUUCGAUUCAUCAACCCAGUAGUGAAGUGUUUGCUUUGUUUGAUGAUCUUGUUCUGCUUUCUAGUGGCCAAACAGUUUAUUCUGGUCAAGCAAAAAUGGCAGUAGAGUUCUUUGCUAAAGCUGGAUUUCCAUGCCCAAGUCGAAGAAACCCUUCUGAUCACUUUCUUCGUUGUAUUAAUUCAGACUUCGACAAAGUCACAAUGAACAGCUCUCACAAAAUACGUGAAAUCCCAAAAUCAUCAGAACCUUUAAUGAACUUUGCAACAGCAGAGAUAAAAGCAAUGCUUGUUGAUAAGUACAGACGCUCGGAGUAUGCAACAUGCACAAGAAUCAGGAUUCGAGAAAUAUCGUCCAUGGAAGGACUUGGGGUAGAAAAGAGGAGUGGAAGCCAAGCAAAAUGGUGGAAGCAACUCUCAAUAUUGACACAGAGGUCUUUCCUCAACAUGUCUAGGGAUAUGGGGUAUUACUGGGUGAGAAUCAUCGUCUACAUACUUUUAUCUCUUUGCGUUGGUUCAAUUUUCUAUGACCUGGGAACAAAUUACACUUCAAUAUUUGCAAGAGGAGCUUGUGCUGGAUUUAUUUCUGGCUUCAUGACUUUCAUGUCCAUUGGAGGCUUCCCAUCCUUCCUUGAAGAAAUGAAGGUUUUUCAUAGAGAAAGGCUCAAUGGGCAUUAUGGAGUUGCUGUCUUUACUCUGUCAAAUUUCAUCUCUUCCUUUCCAUUCUUGGCUUUGAUGUCAAUUGCAUCCGCAACUAUAACUUACUACAUGGUGGAAAAGCAUUCUCAUUUCUCCGACUAUGUGUUCAUGUGCCUUGAUCUUCUCAGCGCCAUUGCAGCGGUAGAAAGCUCCAUGAUGAUCAUAGCUUCUCUUGUUCCGAACUACUUAAUGGGAGUAAUAAUUGGAGCAGGAUACUUGGGAAUCAUGUUGAUGACUGCCGGAUUCUUCCGCUUCAUGCCUGACCUUCCUAAACCCGUUUGGCGCUAUCCAGUUUCAUAUCUGAACUAUGGUGCAUGGGCGCUGCAGGGAGAAUACAAGAACGGAUUGAUUGGCCGUGAGUUUGAUUCUCUUACACCCAAUGGCCCGAAGCUGAAAGGCGAGGACAUACUCAAAACUCUGAUGGGUAUUCAACCAGAUCAAUCAAAGUGGUGGGAUUUGGCUGCUGUCUGUGCCAUUGUUGUAUCUUUCAGAUUUAUUUUCUUCAUCAUCCUUAAGAUCAAAGAGAGAGCUUCACCUCUUUUCCGAGCAUGUUAUGCUAAGCAAACUCUAAAGCAUCUAAAGAAGCGACCCUCAUUCAGGAAAGAUGGAACUCUUUUCCCUUCCAUGAGACAUCAACCUCUCCAUCCCUUGUCUUUUCAAGAAGGUCUCAACUCUCCACUGCACUAGAAGCGAAAACUGAAAUCCAAUCCUUGUGUCGGCUUUGCUUAAUUUUUUUUUUUUUUUUUUCAGUGGUACCUGAAAAUACAUAAACGUACACCUUGAUCAUGUAUUUUCCUUGCAAUUAAUAUUCUGAAC